UCAUUUACUUAUGUUCCAGUUAUUAGAAAACACAUUAUGUGGAGGAAAACUAGGCAGAGGACUCCUGGUUUCAGCUGGCUACCGAAUGUUUGAGGAGCCAUAUAACUACUCAAAAGAAAUGCAGCAUUCAGCUCGUAUUCUGGGGUGGUGUGUUGAAAUGUUGCAGACAUCAUAUCUGAUAGCGGAUGAUGUCAUUGACGGCGCAACAGUUCGGCGUGGCAAGCCAUGCUGGCAUCUGCGACCAAAUGUCGGGAUUUCUGCCGUAAAGGACGCCGUACUUAUACAACAGUGCAUUUUGGAAAUACUGGACAUGGUUUUCGGGAAGACGCCAUUUUUUACGGACCUGUUAAGAUAUUUUAAUGACGCAAUGUAUAGAUCAACACUGGGCGAACAUCUCGAUUGCUCGACGGCCUACAGCAAAGAAAAGAAUAACAUCGAUAUGUUACAUAUGGACCACGUUACUGCUAUCGCUAUAAACAAAUCGGCAUACUAUUCAAUCAAAUUGCCGAUAUUUGUUACCCUACUCUUGGUGAAGAAUGGAAAAGAGAUGGCUUCUAAAGAACUGCAUGAUAUUUGUAUAAAUAUUGGUAGAUUUAUGCAGUGUCAGGACGAUUACAUGGACGCCUACGGCAAUGAAGUCGUCACUGGCAAAACUGGCAGAGACAUUCAAGAGGGCAAAUGUUCCUGGGUAGCAGCAACAGCACUGCAGCACUGCAACGACGCACAACGUUCCAUCUUCAAACAAUACUACGGCAGCAACGAUCCAGAGCACGUGAAGCGCAUCAAGCGGCUUUAUGAUGAAGUGCACCUGCCUCAGCUGUAUGAAGCGUGUGAACGAACCGCUCAUGAUGAUAUAGUGCGACAAAUACAAGCUAUUGAACAUAAAGGAGCGAGGCAUUUCCUCUUAGAAGUUUUGAGUGUUGCUUAUAAACGAAUUUAUUGAUUUAGUUUUUUAUUGCCAUUAUUACAAGGCAAAGUCAGUUCACUCAAAAUGAAGGUUCUGGCCACGCUCAGAGUGGCGUUUUAUGCCUUGGCCUAUA